CACAAAGUCACAAACCCACAAGUUGUUCUUCGCGAAAUUCAACUGGAUCACGUUUCUUUCUGUGAUGCAUUUCAUCAAACAGUUAGUGUGCACCCGAAUUAUUGGAUUACUCAUUUACUCUAUAUAAUGAAAAUGAUAAGAACCCUCUGCUGCGUCGCAUUUCCCAUGAUUUAAAUUGAUAUAUUGAGUUACUAAUGAAAUUAAGAAAGAACAUUCAAAUAGAUUUCUUGUUUCUAUAUAGAAAAAGUUGAUCAGUAUCUGGGUUUUUUUUUCUCCCUUUCAUGUCAUAAAAAUCCCACCUUUCAAGUGGGUUUUCUUCAAUUUUCACGAGGUUAGACAGUUUUGGGUGCCACCAGAAAUGAGAUAAAACUGCCCUUCACUUGACCAACUAGACUGUUGAGCAAAAGAAAGGCUGAAGAAUGAUGAUGGAGGGUCUCUGGACUUCAUUCUGUGGGCAAUCUAAUUGUUCAAAUACUGAUACAGAGCCUUGUGCUCAAAUGCAAUUUGUGUUUGUGACCAAUCCUUCUUCAUGUGUCAAUCAUGCCUUAAUCAUUUGUUUUGAUAUAUUGCUUCUAGCAAUGCUCUUAGUUAACAUAAUUUGUAAACUUUCCGCAAAGAGAUUCGAGCAACCCUCUCGUUAUAGACGCCUCUCAAACUUGCAGAUAUGUUCAGCAGUUUUUAAUGGCUGUUUGGGAAUAGUUUACAUUGGUUUAGGAACUUGGAUUUUGUUGGAGAAGUUGAGGAAUGAUCAUUCUUCUUCACCAAUUCAUUGGUGGGUCUUAUAUUUUAUCCAAGGGUUUACCUGGGCAUUAGUGGGAUUAACAACUAGCCUUAGAGGACAGUACUUCCCAAGAGCCCCAUUGCGAAUCUUGUCCAUCUUUGCAUUCCUCUCUACUGGGAUUUUCUGUUUGAUCGCGCUUUUUUCUGCCAUCGUUGAUCAUGAAGCAACAAUGAAGGUAGCCUUAGAUGUCCUGUCUUUUCUAGGAGCAAGUUUUCUGUUAUUAUCUACUUACAAAGGGUACAAAAAUGAAGAAGAUAGGGGAAAUAAUGAUGAAAAUACCCUCUACACUUCACUGAAUGGUGAGGCUAAUAAUGGAAGCUGUAAAACUGAUUCAACCUCCCAAGUCUCACUAUUUGCAAAAGCUGGGUUGUUUAGUAGGUUGACAUUCUGGUGGUUGAAUCCUUUGAUGAAAUCUGGUAAGCAGAAGACUCUUGAGGAUGAAGAUGUUCCGAAAUUGCAGGAUUCAGAUAGAGCAGAAUUUUGUUACUUGCAGUUCAUGAACCAGUUGAGUAAACAGAAACAAGAUGAACCUUCUUCACAAUCCUCAAUAUUUUGGACUAUUGUCGCGUGCCAUCAUAAUGAUAUACUUCUUUCUGGGUUUUUUGCUUUUUUGAAGAUAGUAACUGUUUCAGCUGGACCUCUUCUGCUGAAUGCUUUCAUUGAAGUUGCAGAGGGUAAAAAGGCUUUCAAAUAUGAAGGUUACCUUUUGGCCCUUGCACUCUUCGUUGCAAAGACCGUAGAAUCACUUUCACAGAGACAGUGGUACUUUCGAAGCAGAUUGAUUGGUCUGAAAGUUAGAUCUUUACUUUCUGCUGCAAUUUACAGGAAGCAGCUUAGAUUAUCGAAUGCUGCGAGAAUGAGUCACUCUGCUGGGGAGAUAAUGAACUAUGUCACUGUUGAUGCAUACAGGAUUGGUGAGUUUCCUUUCUGGGCUCACCAAACUUGGACUACAAGCCUUCAGCUUUGCAUUGCAUUACUUAUUCUUGUACAUUCUGUGGGAAUUGCAACAUUUGCUGCAUUAGCAGUAAUUAUUUUAACUGUUGUUUGCAACACACCUCUUGCGAAAUUACAACAUAAGUUUCAAAGUAAACUUAUGGUUGCACAGGAUGCUAGGUUGAAGGCUUGUUCUGAGGCUCUUGUGAACAUGAAGGUGCUUAAACUGUAUGCAUGGGAGGCUCACUUCAAGAAUGUAAUAGAAGAGUUGAGGAAAGUGGAAGUUAAAUGGUUAUCAGGAGUUCAGUUGCGAAAGUCAUACAAUGGUUUUCUGUUUUGGUCAUCUCCUGUAUUGGUCUCUGCUGCUACAUUUGGGGCUUGUUAUUUCCUCAAUCUUCCUUUGCAUGCCAGCAAUGUUUUCACUUUUGUGGCAACAUUGCGUCUCGUGCAGGAACCUAUUAGGUCUAUCCCUGAUGUGAUUAGUGUGGUGAUUCAAGCAAGGGUUGCAUUUACACGUAUUGUGGAGUUUCUUCAGGAACCAGAGCUUCAAACUAAAAGGAUAAACAAUAAGAGCAGAAUGAGUAACUUAGACUGUGCCAUUAAGAUGAGCUCUGCAAAUCUUUCAUGGGAAAUGAGUUCAUCAAAACCAACACUAAGGAACAUAAAUUUAGAUGUUCAACCUGGUGAAAAGGUUGCAAUAUGCGGAGAAGUUGGCUCAGGCAAAUCCACAUUACUAGCAGCAAUUCUUGGAGAAGUACCGUAUAUAGAGGGAAUUGUUGAAGUUUAUGGGAAGAUUGCUUAUGUUUCCCAGACAGCUUGGAUCCAAACAGGGACAAUACGUGAUAAUAUUCUUUUUGGGUCUGCCAUGGAUGAGCUAAGGUACCAAGAGACACUUCGGAGGUGUUCAUUGGUGAAGGAUCUUGAGCUUCUUCCUUUUGGUGACAUGACAGAAAUAGGGGAAAGAGGAGUUAAUCUAAGUGGUGGUCAGAAGCAACGAAUACAACUUGCCCGUGCAUUGUACCAAGAUGCUGAUAUAUAUCUUUUAGAUGAUCCGUUCAGUGCUGUUGAUGCACAUACUGCAACUAACCUCUUUAAUGAAUACAUUCUGGAAGCUCUUUCUGCAAAGACUGUCUUACUUGUGACACAUCAAGUUGAUUUUCUUCCUGCAUUUAAUUGUUGUUUGCUGAUGUCAGAUGGGGAGAUCCUUCAAUCAGGGUCUUACGACGAGUUAUUAGCUUCAAGUCAAGAAUUCUUGGACCUUGUAAAUGCACACAAAGAGACUGCUGGUACUGAAAGACUAUCUGAGGUUGGUGCAUCUGGAACACAUACAAAUUCUGCAAAGGAGAUCAAGAGAACCAAUGUUGAGAAAUUACACGAUCCAUCAAAAGGUGAUCAGUUAAUUAAAAGAGAAGAAAGAGACGUGGGGGAUACUGGUCUUAAGCCAUACUUACUCUACCUGAAUCAGAACAAAGGCUUCUUGUACCUUUCUAUAGCUAUUUUCUGUCAUCUCACCUUUGUUACAGGCCAGAUACUACAAAACACUUGGAUGGCCUCCAGUGUUGAUAAUCCUAAUGUCAGCACAUUAAAAUUGAUUGUGGUUUACCUUAUAAUUGGAGCGUGCUCAACAUUCUUUUUACUCUUCAGAUCCCUUGCUGUUGUGGCAUUGGGCAUGAGAGCAUCAAAAUCCUUAUUUUCUCAGUUACUGAGUUCUCUCUUCCGUGCUCCAAUGUCUUUUUAUGACUCUACACCGCUUGGGAGAAUACUAAGUCGGGUCUCUUCUGAUUUGAGCAUUGUUGAUCUAGAUGUUCCUUUCAGCCUUCUCUUUUCGAUAGGGGCUACUACAAAUGCAUAUGCUAAUCUAGGAGUGCUGGCAGUUAUUACUUGGCAAGUUCUGUUUGUCUCCAUACCAGUAAUUUACUUGGCAAUACGGUUGCAGAGAUAUUAUUUUGCGACAGCGAAAGAGUUGAUGAGAAUAAAUGGCACAACCAAGUCAUUUGUUGCAAACCAUUUAGCUGAGUCUAUAGCCGGAGCCAUAACUAUAAGAGCUUUUGAAGAGGAAGAACGGUUCUUUGCCAAGAAUCUUGAUAUAAUUGAUACAAAUGCAAGCCCGUUCUUCCACAAUUUUGCAGCCAAUGAAUGGCUGAUUCAGAGGCUUGAGACCCUCAGUGCCACUGUUCUCGCAGCAGCAGCCUUGUGCAUGGUUCUGCUUCCCACUGGAACUUUUAGCUCCGGGUUUAUUGGAAUGGCGCUAUCAUAUGGUCUUUCGUUAAAUAUAUCUUUGGUUUUCUCUAUCCAAAAUCAAUGCACAUUAGCCAACUAUAUCAUUUGUGUGGAGAGGCUCGAUCAAUACAUGCAUAUACCAAGUGAAGCUCCAGAAGUAAUUGAACACAGCCGCCCUCCAAAAAACUGGCCAUCAGUUGGUAAAGUGGAGAUAUGCAAUCUAAAGAUAAGAUACAGACCAGAUACACCACUGGUACUGAAAGGAAUCAGUUGCAUAUUUGAAGGGUGUGACAAAAUCGGUAUUGUUGGUAGGACUGGCAGUGGGAAGACCACUCUAAUAGGGGCUUUGUUUCGCUUAGUGGAACCUUCUGCAGGGAAGAUAAUAGUUGAUGGUGUCGAUAUAUGUUCAAUAGGACUUCAUGAUUUACGAUCACGAUUUGGGAUUAUUCCACAAGAUCCUACUCUCUUUAAUGGCACUGUGAGGUUCAAUUUGGAUCCAUUGUGUCAGCACAAUGAUGAAGAACUCUGGGAGGUUCUUGGGAAAUGUCAACUCAAAGAGGCUGUCCAAGAGAAAGAUCAAGGCCUAGAUUCUGCUGUUGUGGAGGACGGAUCAAAUUGGAGCAUGGGACAGCGGCAACUAUUUUGUCUAGGACGUGCUUUACUGCGGAGAAGCAGGGUAUUGGUGCUUGAUGAAGCAACUGCAUCAAUAGAUAAUGCAACUGACACGAUUCUACAAAGAACAAUACGAACUGAAUUUGUAGACUGCACUGUGAUCACAGUAGCCCACAGGAUACCAACUGUAAUGGAUUGCACAAAGGUCCUUUCCAUUAGUGAUGGAAAAUUGGUGGAAUAUGAUGACCCUGUGAAGCUAAUGAAGAAGGAAGAUUCGCUGUUUGGCCAACUUGUGAAGGAAUAUUGGUCCCAUUUUCAAUCUGCAGAGCAAACAAAUUGAACCAAAAGCAGCAGCAGCAGCAACAGCGCCAUUCUGAAUAUAUAUGUCACGAUUAUUUUGUCCUCGGUAUUAAAGAAGUAGAAUCAUUUUUUGUUGAUCUUGUACAUAUUGCACCCUGGUAGAUGAUAGGGCUGCUGUAGUUCAAAGCCAUCUCCUAUUUUGAGUGAUGAGGAUGAAAAUAACAAACUCGGCUAAUGGAAUUUUGAUUCA